AUGGCCUCUUGCUCCGAGUUUUGUGGGUCCGGUCACACCGUUGGCUCCGGCUGUCAUGUUUUUGGAGUGCGCUCCUAUUUACACCACUUUUAUGAGGAGUGCACAGCCUCAAUGAGGGAGCAGCAGGAAGACUUUCAGGGCCAGAGAUCACCUCUGCGGUGGAGCUCAAGCUUCUGGAAGGUCACACUUGCCAUUGGUGUCGUGCUUCUUUCUGCGGGUCUGGUGGUCAUGACAGUGGGCUAUGCCAUCCCCACUCGCAUUGAGGCGUUCGGUGAGGGCGAGCUGCUGUUCGUGGACCGCCAGGCCAUGCGUCACAAUCGCUCGCUUCACAUAUGCGUGCUGGUCGGGACGGGGCUUCUCACUCUGGGCGGGGUUCUGAUGGCAGGUGGAAUCCUUAUGUCUAACUUCUCAACAACUCCCAUAAAACAGGAAGAGUCAAGAAGAGAACGGAAGGGGGGAACCAGAGUCCCGAGUGCAAUGAGAAGCCCAGCAGACCCUGUAAUGAAACCUCCCAGCCCGGUCUCUAGUGACGGAGGAGUAUCUCCUCUCGCUAGAGACGAUAAAGUUCAGCAGUGCUCGUAAAAGAGCUAUGUGACAAUGCCCGUUCAAGAGUGCUGUCGAUGUGAUCAACAAAAGCUCCUUGUUUAUUUCAAUAAGAAAUUUGGGAGUGUCUUUUUUGUGUUUGAUAAUAAUGUGCUAAGAGAAGUCAACUGACAAGUACAUGUGCCAUCUGUUGUCCUGCACUUGUAUAAUUAUCGUCAAAAUAAUUUUUGUAUUUUUGUAUAUUACAGUAUUAAUCAUAUGAAGGGCCACUAAGUGGUUGCAAGGCAGUAAAAGAAAGUUCUAGUUUGGGGUCAGAAAGUGUUUCUUUUUUUUUUUAUUUAAAUACUUUCAUUCAGCAAGGAUGCAUUAAACUGACAGACUUUUAUAUUCUUAACUUUCUAUUCAUCAACAAAUCAGCAUACUGAUGCUGAAAAUUCAGCUUUGCAUUACAGGAAUAAAUUCCCUUUUUAAAUAUAUUAAAACAAUUCAUUUGAAUUCUAAUAAUAUUUCACAGUACUACAGUUUUUACUAUAUUUUUAAUUAAAUAAAUGCAGUCUUUCAAACCUCAGAAAAAAAUCUAACCAAACUUUUGAAUGGUAGUGUAUUUAAUAUAUUGAAAGCCAUAAAUAGACAAAUAUUUAAAGCAUCUUCUGUGCCCAGUGUGCAUCUUAUAAGGUGUAAAAAAAAGUUUAAGAAAGAAAAGACCAAUCACAAUUCCGUAGUACAAAACCAAUUGGAAUUCGGAAUGCCAUCGCUGUUGGAUUCUGAAUGUUGAAGGUUCUAAACACAAGUUUGAAUGGAGUCUUAUGUUAAGUUGUUCAGGUUGACUUAAUUCAGGAAGAGGUUUAAAACAUAGCGUUAUUAGUUUAGAACAAACCCUAUUCAGAAUGUUUGAGCAAUAUCAAUAAAGUGCUGCCUUGCAAACACUGUCAUAAUAAUAUGCACAGUCUGGCACAAAACUACUCUCUAUUUCAGGAUCCCUGAUAUCUUUUCUAUCAGAUGUUCUGCGCUUAUGCAUAAAAUAUCAGGUAAUAGUUUUGUUCUCACUGCAUUCUUGCCCUUUACUUUUUUAUCAGCUGCAGUUGUGUAGAAUGUGAAAGACUAAAUGGAAUUUACUGUACGCAACACCAUGAUUGUCAAGUCUUAUUGUCUCAGUAUGUUAUGUAUAUAAAUGCUCCUCUCUAAACAAACCUAAUAAAUGAAUAUCAGCAUACUCAA